UGUCGCUUGAGCCAGGCUGCAGAGCGGACGGACGCGCCUGGUGUCCCGGGGAGGGGCGCCAUCGGGGGAGGAGAAAGAGGUGGAGGGUAAGAGGCGCCCUCUAUGCCCGAGACCUCUUGAGGGGCUAGGGGACUGACAGGAGAGGGGAUCCAAGUUUCUCCACCUGGGCUGCCAGAGGAGGCCAAGACCCUGGAGGGCCCGAGCCCACCGCACCGGGGGCCCCAGCACCGCCCUCAGGGGCCUAAAGCGACCAUCUGGGAGACCACUGCAAGGUUUCCAGUUUCCUAGACAACAGGCCCGGGGUCACAGCAACAACCCUUCCAGCCACCUGCCUCAGCUGCCGCCUCAGGCACCAGUCCCAGCCCACGCACCUGCCCGGGUGACAUGCCGGUGCUGUCCACCGCCCGGCCCUCGCGGGUGACCACGCUGAAGCGCACAGCCGUGGUCGUGGCUCUCACGGCCUAUGGAGUCCACAAAAUCUACCCUCUGGUGCGGCAGUGCCUGGCUCCAGCCAGGGGCCCUCAGGUGCCAAGGGGGGAGCCCACGCAGGAGGCUCCCGGGGCCACAGCAGCCAAAGCUGGCAUGAACCGAGUCUUCCUGCAGCGACUCCUGUGGCUCCUGCGGCUGCUGUUCCCCCGGGUCCUGUGCAGGGAGACGGGGCUGCUGGCCCUGCACUCUGCUGCCCUGGUAAGCCGGACUUUCCUGUCGGUGUAUGUGGCCCGCCUGGACGGAAGACUGGCCCGCUGCAUCGUGCGCAAGGCCCCACGGGCGUUCAGCUGGCAGCUGCUGCAGUGGCUCCUCAUCGCCCUCCCUGCCACCUUCAUCAACAGUGCCAUCCGCUACCUGGAGGGCCAGCUGGCCCUGUCUUUCCGCAGCCGGCUGGUGGCCCAUGCCUACAGCCUCUACUUCUCCCAGCAGACCUACUACCGGGUCAGCAACAUGGACGGGCGACUUCGCAACCCGGACCAGUCUCUGACAGAGGACGUGGUGGCCUUCGCGGCCUCUGUGGCCCACCUCUACUCCAACCUGACCAAGCCACUCCUGGACGUGGCCGUGACCUCCUACACCUUGCUUCGAGCGGCCCGCUCCCGCGGCGCGGGCACAGCCUGGCCCUCGGCCAUUGCCGGCCUCGUGGUGUUCCUUACGGCCAACGUGCUGCGGGCCUUCUCGCCCAAGUUUGGGGAGCUGGUGGCAGAGGAGGCACGGCGGAAGGGAGAGCUGCGGUACAUGCACUCUCGUGUGGUGGCCAACUCAGAGGAGAUCGCCUUCUAUGGGGGCCAUGAGGUGGAGCUGGCGCUGCUGCAGCGCUCCUACCAAGACCUGGCCUCGCAGAUCCACCUCAUCCUGCUGGAGCGCCUGUGGUACGUCAUGCUGGAGCAGUUCCUCAUGAAAUACGUGUGGAGCGCCUCGGGCCUGCUCAUGGUGGCCGUCCCCAUCAUCACUGCUACUGGCUACUCGGAAUCAGACUCCGAAGCUGUGAAGAAAGCAGCCUUGGAGAAGAAGGAGGAGGAGCUGGUGAGCGAGCGCACAGAGGCCUUCACCAUUGCCCGCAACCUGCUCACAGCUGCUGCAGAUGCCAUCGAGCGGAUCAUGUCCUCAUACAAGGAGGUGACAGAGCUGGCUGGCUACACAGCCCGGGUUCACGAGAUGUUCCAGGUAUUUGAAGAUGUUCAGCACUGUCGUUUCAAGAGGCCUGGGGAACCGGAAGAUGCUCAGAUCGGGGGUGGGACUGUGGCACGGUCUGGUGUUCGAGUGGACACACCCCUGAAGAUCCGAGGCCAGGUGGUAGAUGUGGAGCAGGGGAUCAUCUGUGAGAACAUCCCCAUCAUCACGCCCACAGGAGAGGUGGUAGUGGCAAGCCUCAACAUCAGGCCCUGUUUCCUGGGAGCUAGGACUCUGACGUAUGAGUUGGGGGUGAGGGAUACAAUCCAACCUGUGACACCACCCGAGGUGGAGGAAGGCAUGCAUCUGCUCAUCACGGGCCCCAACGGCUGCGGCAAGAGCUCCUUGUUCCGGAUCCUUGGUGGGCUGUGGCCCACCUACGGGGGUGUGCUCUACAAGCCCCCACCCCAGCGCAUGUUCUACAUCCCGCAGAGACCCUACAUGUCCGUGGGCUCCUUGCGUGACCAAGUGAUCUACCCUGACUCGGUGGAGGACAUGCGCAGGAAGGGCUACUCGGAGCAGCACCUGGAAGCCAUCCUGGACGUGGUGCACCUGCACCACAUCCUGCAGCGGGAAGGAGGCUGGGAAGCGGUGUGUGACUGGAAGGACGUCCUCUCGGGAGGAGAGAAGCAGAGGAUCGGCAUGGCCCGCAUGUUCUACCACAGGCCCAAGUAUGCGCUCUUGGAUGAAUGCACCAGCGCUGUAAGCAUCGACGUGGAAGGCAAGAUCUUCCAGGCGGCCAAGGACGCCGGCAUCGCACUGCUGUCCAUCACGCACCGGCCCUCCCUGUGGAAGUACCACACACAUCUGCUCCAGUUUGAUGGGGAAGGAGGCUGGAAGUUUGAGAAGCUGGACUCGGCCGCCCGCUUGAGCCUGACCGAGGAGAAGCAGCGGCUGGAGCAGCAGCUGGCCGGCAUCCCCAAGAUGCAGCGACGCCUCCAGGAGCUGCGCCAGAUCCUGGGCGAGGCCGUGACCCCAGGGCAGCUGGCGGCCCCCAGCCUCCCAGGCCCUGGUGUCCCCACCUGACGGAGGGCCUGACCACACAGCCCCGAGCCUGUCCCCAAGCUCUCGGAUCACAUGAAGGAAGCAGAAACACCCCCCACCCUCCCCCUCGCUCUCAGCCCGCCCCUGCAUGCCUCUCCCAUGGCCCCAGCCCCGUCUCCUGCCGCCCUUCCCUGAAGACCCCAGCCAGCCUGGAUGCCCCUGCCACCAGCCCACAUCCCUCAUCCCUCGCCCCGGGGGCUGCUCCCCAAUUACUGGGUCCUGUACUUUUCUCUGGAACAGGGCAGAGGCCUGGGGAGGCCCAGGCCUGAGCCCAUUACCUCUUCAGUCCCUCGAAGACUCCAUGGUCCAUCCCUGUGGCCAUCCCCCAGGGUGACCAACCAAGGCUGCUGUCCCACAGGACGCACUUCCUGCCACGGAAGCAAACAGAUAGGAACCCUGGUCAGACAGAGCCCCUCGUCUGCACCCUCUCCUCCCCACCAGUGGCCCCAAGGAGCCCAGAGAAAGCUGCACAGCAGAGCCCGUCCCUCUGUCCCUCCAGCCUAAUUUAUUGGAGUCUCUGUUUGUAGCCAUGUCAGUUGCCGGCGUGAGCACCUGCCAGCAAGGGAGGCGGCCACCGUGUUCCCUCCACGUUGCCCUGCCUCAGAGGCCCGUGGCGGCUCCUGUCGCCUGCCUACACUGCCAGCCGCCACUGGGGCCCUGCCAGAGUGAGGGCGUGUUCCCAGCUCAGUGCCAAAGAGGGGUCGGCAGGGGGCACCAGCCCUCGCUCCAAAGGGAGACCCCACCGCCGUGUGCCUUUCCCGGCCCUCCGCCCUCGGGCUGGGUGCUCCCUCGGUCCCCUCAGUAAAGACUUCUGUGGAA